AUGGAGAGCGUGCGCCAGUCGUGCCGGCCCAAGCAUCAGGUCUUGGUCCUCAAAUGCUAUCCCCAGUACCAAAAAGGAGUUCAGGACGUGAAGCCAAAUUCCAGCGAACUGUCGUAUUUACUAUACUAUGUCAGCACGCGCCGGAGCAAGUUGACCAAAGUGGGUGCCUUUCUGGAAAAGAGGGCAGCUCGGGACGUCUGGCGUAAUAAAAUCGGAAAUGUACAGGUUACGCUCCAGAUUCUCAGCGCGCUCAUCGAGAAAGUCCCCCGCGAUCUUCCAAUCUAUGCCCGAUCGGUGAUGACCGUCCUCGAAACUGUCCUACGCUCUCAUGAUAUCUCUAUGGUGGAAGAGUCGAUAUCCACCUUCGAAACGUUCUGUCGGCAUCAGGAUAUGGCUGCGCUGUCUGCGGAGCAGGAUUUCGCGAGCCAAUACCGGGAGGUUGUACGAACAUACGCGGACUUUGCAGACAACACUGGACUGCCAUCUACUCUGACCACCGCACCGAGUGGUCCGCUGGAAAUUCGGUGGAAGACCGCUGGUCUGCGAGCGAUCAAAGGCGUAGUCAGUUCGGAGGCCGCUCUCGCCGCGGAUGGUGGAGAUUCGCUUCGAUUGAUCCUUCCAGUCAUCCUGGAAAAUCUUUACAUUGGCGGUGAUAAUCUACUUGUGUCUUUCGAGCUCAAGUUGCAUGAACCAGAGAGACACGAGCCCACCCUUGGCCGUCGGCGGAGGAUCAGCAAUGCGACCGUCCAAACGGUAGACGCGGUUGAUGGAGAUCCGGCAUUGGCAUCGCAGUCUGCCGCAGAUGUGGACAGGCAGGCUGAAAUGGACAUGCGCUUACUUGCGCUCCGUUGUUUGGAGCGCAUUGUCGUUACUGGAAGCAGCCGUGGUCAGAUUCGUGUCACUACGAAGUUGGUGCUCCAGUUCGUUCUGAGCAAAAGCCCCUUGGAGUCUAUUGAUCGCACGGAUGCGACCGACGGCUGGGCUACGUCCCUAAUGGAACUUAUUGCCAAAUGGUGUCCCGUCCAAAUUCGCUUCACCAUCCUGGUAGCUGCGAUGGAGCUUCUGCUCGAGGACAAAUUCACAGAAGAGACCGUAGAUCGCUCAUAUCACCUCAUUUAUUUGAUCGACUGGCUGUUGAAAUCUCCGGUGAACAUGAUUGGCCUGAGCGUUAUCGACAUCCUGCUGGGUCUCAUGCAAUUUAUGUCAAGCUUGCUUUCGCCCCCAGCAAGUGAGAAGACGGCGGACGGUGCUGUUGCCGAGAAGUGGAACGACCGAUCAGACAACGAUAUAGUCUUAUCUCCGAAGAAACUGAAGGUGCUUGCGCUUCUCCAGAACACUAUUGGAGACCUAGCAACGCAUAUCUAUUAUGGCGAUCAAGUCGUUGACAUGAUCAGGACGAUUUUGAGCCGCAUCAAGCCCGCGAACAACGAACUAUCCUCUGAUGCGGUCGUACCCGCUCAGGAUAACUUCGAUGGGAAUAUCACUGGGACAGGAUUCCCUGGAGAGACGAAUACGGAGGCCUUUCCGUCACCUAUCGCAAAGAUCACAGCAUUGAAGGCGAUCCAGAAUAUCAUCACCGUCGCAAAUUCCAAGAGACACACUGCUGCUGGAGUGGAAACCAGAAACCCGGUGGGCAUUCACGUAUGGGAUGGAACACAGGCACUCCUUCGAGACUCCGACAAAGAAGUUCGUCAUGCAUAUGUCGAUGCUUUCCUGACUUGGCUAAAGUUGGAGACAACACCUGACGACCUGAAGGCUAGAGAAGGAACAGCCAGGAUGAUGAAAGCUCUCCCACGACGCGAAUCCCCCGAACUUGUGGAGAUAUCUGGGAGACGGCCCGCGAACGUGAGCCUAAGCGAGAAGGCAACCGUGGUGGCGCAAUUGAACUUUCUUCGUCUCUUCCAUUUAACCCUGUACGACAUUGCUCUUGAAUCUCCUACGGAUGGGUCGAAGAUCCUGGUAGUACAUCUGCUCCUCACGACCCUUGUCGAUCGCCUCGGCGUUAACGCUGUACGAUUUGGGCUACCCAUGGUUCUAAGGCUCCAAGACGAUCUGGAAAGUGAGCAGAGUCUGUACCCUGCUAUUGCCAAGGUGAACAUUGCAAGCUUGGUUUAUGGAUAUCUGUGGGCACUGGCCGAGAAGUUUGAAUUGGAAGGCUGCCGAGUCGGCAACGAGAUCCAAGCAGAGAUAGACAAGCGUCAGAGAAGCGGCCUAUGGUUUGACAGAAUCCAUUUGCCGGCCGCUCAUAUCGACAACAUCAUGCAGAUCAGCGAGAAACCGGCUACCAACCACGGCGGCAUCGAUCAAAACCAGCUCACCCCUUUCAGGACUGACGUUGACGAGCUCGUACGCAGAAUUGAAGUGGCAUAUAACUCAUCCAUGACAUCGCCCUCUCACAGCCCUCCGGGCUCGCCAGGACGGAACCUAGCCCUUCCGGUUUUAAGUCAUGGAUCUGCGGCAGUCAAUCUCACUAAACCUAACCUACCACCCUCGGUGAAAGAACAAAUGCUCUCACCAUGGUCCAGAGAAAGUUGUUUAGCAGCAGCUGAGAAGGAGAAAGUGGAAGCCAUGUCUAUCAAUGGAUCUAGGGCAGGGACAUUGGCUUUCCGCAAUUAUGCAUAUGUCAACGGCGCCGGCAAUAGUUCUCAUUCCACUGCAGCCUCGAUACAGCAGAGUUCCCUCGGUGCUGCAGCAGGUCUGCAGCGUCUCCGACGCACCAGUGUGCCGGAGCAGUCGGGGUCGCCAGUGAACGGUUCCAGCAGGGAGUCCCCCGUCCGAGUCAAUGAGCUAAGACGAGUUCUUUCUGUGAGCACAGAGGGUAACGGCCGCCGGUUGAGUCCACUUCGGGGGCGGCUUGACGCUUCAAACGGUAGCAUCAUGUCCUCAAGCAGUGAGAGUAUGGUCAGUGGCAUCUCAUUAUCCGAAUUUGAUGCGGAUGGCAACUCGAUUAGACCACUGUCCACGAGGGACGGGCAUACGACCCCGAACGGAGACGGCAUGGACACUCCUCGAGCAUCGAGUAUGGCUCUGAAUGGUGGUCCAUCCAAACAGAGUUUACAGCCGAAUGCUAUACCUCCCGUACCGCCGCUACCGCCGUCCAUUAGUCUCCCUGGUGGGUUUCCCAAUGAUUCUCGAAAUUCGCUUCCGAAUGGUGAUCGACCAUCGACUGCUCCCGGUCCGCGUCAGAUCUUCGCGAACGGGAAGCAAGAGCAAUCCGCCCCGGAGAAUGGUAGAACCCUUAGUAGACACAAGAGCCGUUCGAGCACUGGUCUUGCAACGGCUGCUGCUGCUUCAGAGAUGCCCGAAGGAGCGGAUCCUUCUGAGAUCGCACUGCGUCGCGAUGUUCAGAAUCUGAUUAAUGGCUUCCUGUCGCCGAUGGACGCCCAAUUACGAAAUGGCAGUUCUACUCUCCCAAGAACCAGAGCUGGCCAUGCUGGCAGAAGGCGGGCGACCGGAGGCAUCGGGCGUCCUCCUUAUUAG